UUGCUGGUGAAGCAGCGGCUAACUGCGGCUGCUGAGGAGAUUUUUGGGCUGUUUGAAAGGUCGAUAGCAGAGUACGAGGAGGAACUUUCUCGAUCAAAAGAGGAAAACGAGCGACAGCAGAAACUCCUGGACGCUGUUUUCAGCCCUCAGCUUCACUUACACAGAAUAGAAACUGGAAAAGAAGAGGUUCCUACUGAGCAGCAGGAGUGGAGCUCCGAUGUGGACCAGGAGGACCCAGAACCGCCGGAAAUUAAAGAGGAGCAGGAAGAACUUUGGAUCGGUCAGGAGGGACGGCAGCUGCAGGGACAGGAGGAGGACAUCACCGAGGUCCAGUUCACUCCUGUCGCUUUGAAGAGUGAAGACGAUGAAGAGAAACCUCAGACCUCACAGCUUCAUCAAAGACAGACUGAACAGAUGGAAACUGAUGGAGAGGACUGUGGAGGACCAGAACCAAGCAGACGGCUCCAACCUGAUAACAAAACUGAUGAGUCUCCUGAACCCGAGACUGACGACAGUGAUGAGGAUUGGACGGAGAACACAACAUUUCAGUCAGAUUUAAACUUUCUGAAAAAUGACGACGUCCCUGUGAGUGAUCUGGGACGUAGUUCUGCCGAGAAACCAUUCAGCUGUUCUGACUGUGGUAAAAGAUUCGGUCAAAAGGGGCAUCUGAAGUCACAAAUGAGAUGCCACACAGGAGAGAAACCUUUUAACUGCUCAAUUUGUAGGAAAUCUUUCACGCAUAGUGGGAAUUUACAGAAACACAUGAUAAUCCACACAGGAGAGAAACCAUUCAAGUGCUCCCUGUGUGGUAAAAGAUUCUCGCUCAAGCAAACCUCAGUCCGUCACAUGAGGACCCACACAGGAGAGAAACCGUUCAGCUGCAGUUUUUGUGACAAGAAAUUCGCUUGGUCUCACCAAGUCAGACACCAUCGGUGUUCUGAUC